CUGGUCUCACACUAGGGGAUCUUCCUGAAACUUGCGAAGCCAGCAGCCAUGGUGCCUGUAAGAGGCUGGCUUCUCUUGCUAUGUGUGUGGAGAGGAGCAGGCACCAUUGUUGGUCACAAGAAGCAGAUGCGCAGCCACGACGCAUUGAACACUGAUGUCAAGCCAGGCCAUGAAGCAGGUGUGGUGACACAGACCUCGAUCGUGACGGUCGACUUCUUUGUGAUGUCCAAGUGUCCGGAUGCCAAACUAUGCGAAGAGACCUUCCUUCCCGUCUUGAAAGACUUGGCCUCGUUGGUCUCCGUGAACUUCACGUACCUGGGAACGAUCGCAGCGACGGGCAGCCAGUGCAUGCAUGGGCCUUCGGAAUGUGAAGGCGACAUGCAACGGCUUUGUGUGCAAGAAGCUGCUUCUACUGAGAAGUUGUUGCGCUUUGCCAUGUGUCAGGACGCAGCUAUAUAGAGUUGGGGAGGAAGCCUGCUGGGCUUGGAGGGAAAGGAUGAAUAUGGAUCAACGAUGGAAUAGUUUGUGGGUGCCUUUUGCAGGUCCUGUUGGCACCACACACUACAGUUAUUUCCAAAAACUCACUGCAAACUUGGAAGAAACUCGAAGCCCUUUGGGCCCUUGGUCAAUCUCGCUACGCCGCUAUGUCCUCAGACACAUCCAAAUGAGGACCGUAACCAAACGGCCAUCGCCGAGAACGGCGUGCCAUGCGCGGCCUCUGCACAGCUAGACCUCACAUUAGCGGCCUGUGUGCAGCAGCGUGGGGCGCAGUUGCUAGAGAAGUCGCUGAGGCGAGCUUCAGACUUGUCCGUGCAGACAUCCUGUACGGUUCAUCUCAACAACCAGGCCUUUUGCGUCCAUGAUGGUACUUGGCAGAACUGCGAGUCCUGUGGUGCAGAUAAAGCAGUUUGUCUCAAGGAAAAGAUUUGCCAGCUCUCGAGCAGCCCUCAGAAGCAUGAGCUUUGCUAACUGUGCCUUGAGCCGCUCGGUCUGUAAUGGCUCGAAACUCUAGACGACUGGAUGGUGGUUUCAGAAUUCU